UGGUAGCCCCGAUUUCUCCCUGAACCUCCGUGAGACACACAGGGACUGGGUGAGCCAGUCAGGGUGAAGGCCAGUGUUCUAACAUGCAAGAGGUGGCCCUGAGCCUUCUUGUCCUCCUGGCAGGCCUGCCUACCCUGGAUGCCAACGACCCUGAAGAUAAAAACAGUCCUUUCUACUAUGGUGCUCAAUACCUAUUUGUCAAUUGGAUGGGGGGAUGGAUGGGGAGGACACAGGCUGGCAUUGAGGUCCAUUCUGCUUUUCUCCUAGACUGGCACAGCCUCCAGGUCGGUGGGCUCAUCUGCGCAGGGGUUCUGUGUGCUUUGGGCAUCAUUGUCCUCAUGAGUGGAAAAUGCAAAUGCAAGUUCAGCCAGAAGCCCAGUCACCGUCCAGGGGACGCUCCACCUCUGAUCACUCCAGGCUCUGCUGAUAACUGCUGAGGAUGGACCAGCCAAAAGAGCACAUGGAGGGGCUUGUUUUGUCCCCAUGUCCUGGCUCAGCACAAGGGCCUCAACUCCAAGAUGGAAUUCUCCCUGCUUGACUCAGACCACCUUGCCAGGGUCUUAUCUCACUUCUCAUUGGAGGAGUCUGUUUGUUCAAUUUUUAAUCUAAAGUGAUUUUGCCUUC